GGUCAUUCAUUCAUUCGCAUUGUAUCGUUGCAAGCACAUAUGCAAUGUGACAAAAAAGUGAAAUUAUAUAAUAGCAAUAAUUAUAAAAAUUGGACACAAUCAAAACUAAGAUGCCAAACUCACAACCUAUUUUCGACUAUACAGAUGAGUCUCAGACAGAAAAAUUUGCCAGGAAAUCAAAAGACUCUCCUUUCAUGAUAAUAGGUAUCUUGGGAUUGAUAGGAGUAUGCGGCUGGGGUGCAGUUGCAUUUAAAAAGAGAGGUAAAAUGAGCACUAGUGUCUUUCUUAUGCAACUUCGAGUAGCAGCCCAGGGUACAGUGGUAUCAGCACUCACUAUUGGUAUAGCAUAUGCGCUAGCAAAAGAGCAUCUAUUUAAGGAUGAUAAGAAAGAAUAGAUUAAUUCACCAUUAGGAAAACUUUUAAAAUAUUUAUUUGUAUACUUGUAGGCACUUCGAAAAUUAAACAAUUUUAAUUUUAUAAGUUAAGAGUGUGGCAAACAACUGUUAGGUUCUCCUUGUGUGCAACCACCUAAUCCUAUAGACAAUUGUGAUAUCAGGAAAUCACUAGGACAAUGCUUAGCAUAUAAAUAUUGUUUUUAAAUAGUAAGUCCAAAGCAAAUACAUACCUGUCAAAUCAUUCAGAUAAGAAACUAAAAAAAUGUAAUUAUGUGACUCAAAAUUGAUUAAUGAGUUUCAAUACAUGACUGGAAAAUAUCUAAUUUGGCAAUCAUAUGAGUAUCACACUUCUAUAAAUUAUUCUAAUCCUGGGGACGAAUUAUUAUGCAACAAGUGGCUUGUGAUCAGAAAUGUUUGUUAUGUGGUCUUGUCCUUUAUUUGUUUUUUAAUACAGCCAUUAAUAAUGAUGAUAAUUUA